UCGGCUCCCUCUGCAUUUUGAAAAUAACCGAAGCAAGUUCCCUCUCCACAUUAUCGUGAUAUUGAAAUCAAUCAAUCAUCGCACACCAGGCACAGAUGAGUUAAUCCGGUUAACUUCGGCAGAUGUCUAGAUGCUGAUGCAAUAUUAUGCUGUGAGGAACAUAUCUUUUUCCAAGGUUCUACUGAGUUCCUUAAAUAGUUGCUCCCUUAAUCUCGCUUCUGUGUCUGCAUCCUCACUCUUAUCUGGAGUCUUGAGUGUGACUGAGAAGUACAGAUAUUACCCAAGAUUUUCUGUCAUGGCUAGUGGGAUUCCAACGAGUUUUUCUAACAGUGAUGUGGAUGUGGAUGCUGGUCCUCGGAGGACUUUCCAAGUUGUGGUGGCUGCUACUCAUGAAAUGGGUAUUGGGAAGGAUGGAAAGUUACCAUGGAAGUUGCCUUCUGACCUCAAAUUUUUCAAGGAGCUCACGAUGACUACUUCAGAUCCUGGGAAAAAGAAUGCAGUAGUAAUGGGUAGGAAGACAUGGGAAAGUAUCCCCCUUGAGUAUCGUCCUUUACCCGUUCGCCUGAAUGUUGUGCUGACUCGUUCUGGGAGUUUUGAUAUUGCAACUGCUGAAAAUGUUGUAAUAUGUGGAAGCAUUCCUUCAGCUUUAAAAUUAUUGGCAGAAUCUCCUUAUUCUUCGUCAAUAGAGAAAGUAUUUGUUAUUGGAGGUGGCCAGAUACUUAGGGAAGCACUCAACGCUCCACAGUGUGCUGCCAUCCACAUUACUGAAAUUGAGACAAGCAUUGAAUGCGACACUUUCAUUCCCACAAUCAAUUUCUCCGUCUUUCAGCCAUGGUACUCAUCCCCCCCUUUUGUGGAAAAUAAUAUUCGAUAUUCUUUUGUGAGUUAUGUUCGUGUAAGAAGUUCCACAGUUGAAGCCCAUGCUUCAAGAAAUGAAUGUUCAAAUAAGUUUGAGGUGGAAAGAUUUACCUUCCUGCCAAAGAUGAUCUUUGAGAGACAUGAUGAGUAUAUGUAUCUUAAACUGGUUCAAGAAAUUAUCUCAAGUGGCACUCAGAAAGAUGACAGGACAGGGACCGGAACUUUAUCAAAAUUUGGUUGCCAGAUGCGGUUCAAUCUCCGCAGAUCUUUUCCACUUCUUACAACUAAGAGAGUAUUUUGGCGAGGUGUUGUUGAAGAACUGUUGUGGUUUAUCAGUGGUUCAACAAAUGCAAAGGUUCUACAGGAGAAAGACAUACAUAUAUGGGAUGGAAAUGCAUCCAGAGACUACCUUGACAGUAUUGGUUUGUCAGAUAGGAAAGAGGGUGAUUUGGGACCCAUAUAUGGCUUCCAGUGGAGACACUUUGGCGCUAGAUAUACCAACAUGCAUGCUGACUACACGGGCCAAGGAUUUGAUCAGUUGUCUGAUGUUAUUGACAAGAUUAAGAAUAGACCAGAUGACAGGCGGAUUAUCCUCUCAGCAUGGAAUCCAUCAGAUCUUAAGUUGAUGGCACUUCCCCCUUGUCACAUGUUCGCCCAGUUUUACGUAGCCAAUGGGGAGCUAUCCUGCCAAAUGUAUCAGCGGUCUGCUGAUAUGGGUCUUGGGGUUCCAUUUAACAUUGCAUCUUAUGCUUUAUUGACAUGUAUGAUCGCUCAUGUUUGUGGCCUCACUCCUGGUGAUUUCAUCCACGUAAUUGGGGAUGCUCACGUUUAUAACACUCAUAUCAAGCCUCUGCAGGAGCAGCUUCAAAAACUUCCCAAACCUUUUCCUAUUUUGAAGAUCAAUCCAGACAAGAAGGAUAUAGAUUCAUUUGUGGCAGCUGACUUUAAACUUAUAGGUUAUGAUCCACACCAGAAGAUAGAAAUGAAAAUGGCAGUAUAGAGCUUUCAAAUGGUAGCACAAUGGCAUUUGGCUAGUUUUUUUUUCCCCUCUACGCCUAUGCUAACUUGAGAGGUUCCUAGUUCCUACUAUUGUAUCAGUUAAAUUGGCUGAAUUAAAUCCGUAACAUGUGUCCAUUUCAUAACCUUCCUUUUUUUUUUUUUUUUUUUUUGGAAAACAAGUUUUAUGCCUUUUUGGUGACAAUUUGGUAUAGUUUUGAGCUGGAUAUCUCGUAGACAAGGCAUUGUCAAUAGCAGUUACUUGUUUGCUUUUAUAGGUAUGCUCUCUAUAACGAGAGUU